AACCACUCUUGCUAUCGUAAGCAAAAGCCAUUAUACUUGCUAUUUGCUUCAUAUUGGCCCCUUUUCACCUCCUAUAAAACCCCUUCAUUCCUCAUCCAUUCUAUCCUCAUCCUCUUAAUUAACAUCAUCACCCUGUAAACGUGAUAUAGCCCAUCAAUUUAUUUGUUCCUUCUUGGGAGAGAGACCGGUUUCAUCAAUUACACCUAUAUUCUCUAUAAGCACACCACACACACACUCACAUAGAGAGAGAGAGAGAGAGAGAGAGAGAGAGAGAGAGAUGGAAGGAAAUUACUAUUUAGCCCCUGAGUAUGAAGACCAUUCAUGUAACUUCUCUACAAACUUCACUUCAUUGCAAAACGACAAUAUGUCAUCCUCUCACCAGUUUCUAACAAACUUACCUUAUUGUCAUCAAACUACUCAUCCUCAAGUACCCAUUGUGGAUUUCUAUCCACAGUCUUCAUCUCUGAGCUACAAUAACUCGAGCACAUCAGAUGAAGCCGAGGAUAACCAGAUGAGUAUCAUCAACGAGAGGAAGCAAAGAAGGAUGAUAUCAAACAGGGAAUCAGCUCGAAGGUCGAGGAUGAGGAAACAGAAGCAACUGGACGAGCUUUGCACCCAGGUUAUGCGACUCAGGAAUGAGAACCAUGGGCUUAUGGACAAGUUGAACCGCUUCUCAGAGACCCAUGAACAAGUUAUUCAAGAAAAUAAUAGGCUAAAGAAAGAAACCACGGAACUAAGGCAGUUGCUUAGUGAAGCACAACUUGCUAGAACUUACACUACUCUGAAAGAUCUUGAUGAUGAUCAAGAGGUGGUGCUUGUUCCUUCUUGCACCACUGCUCAUCUCAGGGCUCAAUCAUCCAAAAAUUCUACAGCUAAAAACUCCUCCAAUCUGCUUCAUUGAUCAGUUAAUUCUUCAUAAAAGGUGUUCCUAAUUAAUUAUUCUCAAAUAAAUAAUUUCCUUAAACAAA